UUAGGCACGGUUCAGAUCCAGGGUUGGUUCCGGGUCUCAAGCUCGCCUCCGAGGAAGACGACCAACGGGCUGCAAACUCCUGCUCCACUUCGCCAGAUUUCUCCCCCGAACCCAUCUCAUCUCCCUCUCGGUCGGUCGCGUUCGCUAUCCGAUCGUCCUCGUGGUUUUCGCGGAGUUUUUGGUAGCUUCUGUGGUGGUUCCCGCUGGAGAAAUUCGGAUCUCGGUUCUUCACCGAUCGAACCCGAGGACAUCAGGCGUCUCCCUAUUCUUUCGAUGAAUCGGGUCCAGUUUGUUCGGAUCCACUGGCGAGGGUGAAAAAAAAAAGGUUUUGACGGGUUCUUCCGCGGGUGGAUUGGGAAAUUCGUUGACAGAAGAAUCUCUUGGCUCUACUGUGCCAUUUUCUUUGUUGUGAUCUGAUAAACUAGAGCUUACAAGGUUUUCACUGUGAUUCGUAUCGGGGUGACUAGCUUGGUUGCAAAAAUUUCGCCUUUUGGAGAUGGAGACACUAGUUGCGGUUGGUCAUCAUCGGAGCCAAUAUUGCAGCAGGAGCAAGCCACGGAUCACGGAUCAUUUCGGUUCCUCGCCUCCGAGAGGCUUCAAAGGGAUCAAUUGCCGAACCUUUCAGUCUGGUGUGGCUAUUCUGCCGUCGCCUCCCACGAAAGAUUUCUUUUUUAAUGGCUAUUCGGAACCCAAAUCUCCUGUCUAUUAUUCGGAACCUCCCAAAAGAAGUAGGAGGACCAAACCCAUCCCUAUUAACCCCGUGCCGACUCCUAAAGAAGCCACCUUUGCCGAUGACUUUUCAUGCUCUGAGCUGUGGGCUGGGCCUGCCUACUCGAACUCACCCCCUCCUAGUUCGUUGCCCAUCCCUAAAUUUUCCCUUCGACAGAAGCGCAGUAUGUCCCUUGAAAUCCCAGUUCCGAAAUCUGAGGUCACAUUCCAACCUAUAUCAAGAUCAGCCCCGUCUUCUCCCUCCAGAGAGGCCACUACUUCCAUCAAUGACUUCCUUAACAACGCCACUGCUACUUCCACUGCCACUGCCACGGAGACCUUAAGACGAAUUCUCCACUUGGAUAUCGUUGAUGACUGAGUUUUGUAUAUAUAUGUCUGCUGCUUUGACCUGUACAGGUGGUCGUGAAUAACUUGGUGGCUAGCUUAUGCCUUUGCAUGUUAACUGGGUUUCUCUAGGUCACAUUGCUGGGCUGUUGGUGGUUGAAUUUGAUACAAAGUAGGGAAUUCUGUGGAAGUUCGGGAUGAAGAAUAUUGGAUAAUUCACUUAAUCUAGAGUGUAGUUAAGGAAUAUGAUGGUUAAGAAGGAGUUGCUGGAAGAUGGAGCGAGUGAGCUAGCAAAGACAUCAACUUACAGCUAGUGUUACCCGUAAUCUUCACUUCUCUCUGGCAAUUAGGAUGUUGAAGUAUCACUCAAUAUUGUGUCUCAGUAGCUUGUAUUUGGGCCGGUCUUCCUUUAGAUUUUAUGUAUAUCCUGUAGGUUUAGUAAAGUGCUUUUAUCAUGUUAUCAAACUUGUAGGAGUGCCUUUAGGAUCUAUCGCCAUUGUUCUAGCAGAACUUGCUUUCUGCUAGUGGGCCUCUCUUUUAUGUUAAUUUUAGUUUUUUUCUUGCUCCCGCCCCCUUCUUUCCCCUAUUUGCUAUCACUCUUCAGCUAACUUCGAAGGCAGUGGUGUCAGAGUUCUCCUUCCACUUCUUCAGGUUUUUUUUGGAUGAAGAAGCUGGACGGGAUGGAACCAUGAUUUCCAUAGUCUUGCCUUCUCUACUGCAUACAAUUACAGAUGUCAGUUGUCUUUGUAUCUGCUUCUCUUAUUUAUAGUUAUAUUAGUUUGUCUCCUCAGACUUAGAAGGGAAAAGUGUCUCAGUGUAGAUUUAGUUAUUUAGCUUCUGUUUUAGAUCGUCAACCAUGUUGGUCUUUGGUAACUCUGGUUUGUGAAAGCAUGUCAUCAACGUGGCGCCUAGAUCAUGUGCAUGAGGCAGCUGAACUUGUGACCACCGCAAGGUGACUGAAGAAUAGAAACCUGAGUAGACAUGUUACUUCAGCAAGAUAAUAAAUGGUGAAGCAAGCAUAUCAUAUGGUGUUGGGGUUUUACACUAGGUAAUAUAGCUUGUGUCGUUGCCAGCAUGUAUUUCAUUGCUGUCUGUAAGCAGUGAUGUUUGUCUUUGUUAGUUGUAAUGUUGUGCUGUUGAGGACACUAAUUGUCCCACCCAAUAGAAAAACUAGUGUUGAUUAUGUGAUGAAAGUAAUAUGUCAUUUCUUAUUAGCAUCAGUUCAGUUGUAAAACUCCUUUUGAUAUCUAUUGCAUGCAAUCAAGUGUAACACUUUUCAGCUA